AUGGCAUCAGAAGAACCAGAACGCCGGCCUCUGCUGGCUGCAACAAGUGGCGCGUUGGAUGCUGGAGUCGCCGGGGCGGACACGCGGCAACGCACAGGUUCAGGGGAGGAAGGAAGAGGAGCAACUGGGACUUUUAAACGCAAUCUCGGCACUCUGGAGGCUUUUGCAAUUGUCAUCAGUAUUGUGAUCGGAAGUGGCGUGUUCACCUCCCCUGGCUCUAUUGACACCAAUGUCCCCUCCCCCGGUGCGGCUCUCGUGAUUUGGUUUGUGGGUGGUGUAUUGGCAUGGACUGGAGCUAGUACUAUGGCGGAGUUGGGGACUGCUAUUCCUGGCGAAGGUGGUGUACAGCCGUACCUCAAGUACAUAUUCGGUGACGUGUUUGGUUUCCUUGCGGCUUGGACCUGGGUAGUGGCAGUGAUGCCCGCAACAUUGGCCAUCUUGAGCAUCGUUUUCAUUGAAAGCAUCUACUCAGCUGCCGGAGUCACAGAUCAAGGAGGUACCCUCCUUCACAAACUGCUUUCGAUCGUCGUCCUUUCUGUCAUCAGUGUCGCCAAUUCGAUCAGUACCAAGGCCAGCACAAGGCUCAAUAACUUCUUUGUCGUCACAAAGUUUGUCACCAUCGCCGCGAUUGUUAUUGCGGGCGUUGUUGUUGUCAUUUUGCAGCUUGUGGAUCGGAACCGAACUGUGGGUGGCGGUGACUGGGUCAAGCAACCUUGGUUUGGAUAUCGAGACAGCGUCAACCCCGACGGCAGCGUGACGCAUUGGGCCGAUGUUACCCAGUGGGAGCUUUUUGGAUAUCUCUCCGCUGCUCUUUACGCUGCUCUGUGGGCAUAUUCUGGCUGGGACAAGGCGAUCUACAUCUCUGCCGAGCUUUCAUCACCGGCGCGCCAACUACCCCUGGCCAUUAACACCUCCAUACCGACCAUCAUCCUCUGCUUCAUCACAGCCAACGCAGCUUACUACAUCUUACUGCCAUGGAAUGUGAUUUCAAGAACGGAUAGCGUCGCUGUGACGGCAAUAACCCGACUUCUUGGUCCUGCCUUUGGCAUCCUUGCGGCUGUAUUCAUCUGUCUAGUGGUUGCUGGUUCUCUCCUAGGAAACUCAUUUGUGGCCGGACGUAUGGCGGUCGCAGCAGCAAAUCAGAGCUGGUUGCCCAAGCCACUCAGCAUUGUUGGGCGCAUUGGGUUUAAGCCGGAGGAGCGCGAAACGACGUCGGACGCCCCAGUCAACGCCAUCAUCGUAUCCACAAUUCUCUCCUCGCUAUACAUUUUGCUUGGAAACUUCAGGGCGUUGCUGACUUUCAACGGGUUGGGAGAGUACACGUUCUUCUUUCUGACGGUUGUAGGGGCUAUUGUUCUCAGGUACAGGGAACCGCAAUUGGCUCGGCCAUAUAAACCCCUUAUUGCCAUCCCAAUCGUGUUUGCGUUGGUCAGCGGGUUUGUCGUUGUUCGGGGAGCUGUCUUCGCGCCUGUUCCCGCCGUUGUCUUGGUCGGGUUAUGGGUAGCGGGGUUGGUGUUUUACUUUGUCCGUAGGCGGUACCAAGAGCGGGGGUUGGACAUCAUAAACUCUCAGGUCAUGGACAAGAUUCAACGAGGAGUUGCGAGGUCACGCGCACUCUUGCCUCGAAUAACGCACCGACCCUUGCCUUCCGGCGCGAGCUACCUUCACUUUGGAGACUACGGAACACGAAAUGCUAUGACGAAGCACGAGCUUCAGCGGCUCAAAGACCAGUUGAUAGAAGCAAACACAAACCCACAAACAGGCCGCCAGUUGUUUCUCCCCGCCUUUAAGCCCCAGACUCUUGGACACCUGGAACGUUCUCAGGAGCUCCUUACGAAAGAGGGCAAAGCAGAUGAUUACGCAUGGCUUGUCUCCAGCCGUGUCUGGGAAGAAGAGCGUAAAGGAUUGCCAAAAUUGCUUGUGCUCGCUUCACCUGGCUUCAAGGUUUUCAGUUCUGGCCAUCACCUGACGGAAAUCAAGAAUGGCUCCCCGGAGGAAGUCAGGGAGAUCUUCGCCCUCUGUGCUGAAGUCAUGAGUCUGAUUCGGCGCAGCGCCAUACUGGUCAUGGGCAAGAUCCACGGUAUUGCGAGUGGCGCUGGGGCACAACUCGCCCUGGCCACAGACGUUCCUGUUGCGAGCAGGUCUCUCACCGAACUUUGGUUGCCUGGCGCUGACCUUGGCCUUCCCUGCACAAGUCCUGCUGCAGGACUGAGUCGUGUUCUAGGCACCCGAAGAACCUGGCUUGAGCUCGCAAAAGGUGGAUAUGUACGGGCGGACUUGAAACUGCAUGGUGUGGAGGUUGAUGACCCUGCUACUAAAACUGAAGAAGACAAAUCACAGUAUGAGCAGCAGGCAAAUAUCCUUUUUGAGGGACCUCCAUCGUCGGAGAAAUCUCUGCCUCGUAGAUCCGCCGAGGACAUUGUGCGACAUCGCCUAUCGCUGGACCACCUGGUCUACAGGUUGGCGAGGCGACUCACGAAGAGAGAUACUCAGCAAACGGCUAUCACGAAGUGGGCGUUUUGGACCCAGAUUGGUCUUCGAGGUCAGCCUCACGUCAACGCUGAUGGCGUCGAGGUUGACGGCUGCGGUGGGGAUGGUUUUGAGGACGCCGUUGCGUUUGCUGGCAGAGUCAUGGCAUUGCACUCACAAAGCGAGGUCGCCAAGGAGGGAAUAUCUCGGUUCUUGCAGGAGAACGCGAUGCGGAAGCAGACAAAUAAGACUGAGGUUGAGAUGAACGAAACCACGAGGUAG